AACUGCGUAAUUCAGACCCCGCUUUACCUCACUGCUUCAUCUUUUAAAAGCAUUCCAUUCCUUCAACGAAGUCGAUUCUGUUUUUAAUAUUCAGUCGAUCAGCGACAAGAAAUCAAUCUAUCAUCGAAGAUGGCAUCCAAUCCUCCCGGUUCCUGCUGCUACAAGGGCGUCAAGCAUGAGGGGCAGCCCGUCGGUAGUAUCUCCACAGUCAAAGAUUUUGAGGUUUACACCUCUUAUCCUGCCGACAAGUCGACCGAUUAUGCCGUGUUGCUUCUCACCGAUAUCCUCGGCCACAAAUUCCAAAACCUCCAACUCAUCGCCGACCAGUUUGCUAGCAACGGCUAUUUCGUGUUUAUGCCUGAUCUGUUCCAUGGCGAUCCAGUUGCAUUGAACCCCCCUGAGGGCUUCGAUCUAUUCAAGUGGUUGUCAGGACACCCGAAAGAGACCGUCGAGCCGAUCGUUGAGGCUAGUAUCACCGAGUUGCGUGAGAAGUACAAAGUCAAGAAAAUCGCCGCCGUCGGCUACUGCUUCGGCGCCAAAUACGUCGUCCGCCAUCUCCACCCGCAACAAAACAAAAUCGACGUCGGCUUCAUUGCUCACCCGUCUUUUGUCGAAGCCGAUGAGCUAAAAGCCAUCGGUGGUGCCUUGGCUAUCGCUGCCGCAGAAACUGACACCAUUUUCCCGACCGAGAAGCGUCACGAAUCUGAGGUCAUUCUCAAGGAUACCAAACUGCCCUACCAGAUCAAUUUGUAUAGCGGAGUCGUGCAUGGAUUCGCGGUUCGUUGCGAUUUGAGCGAUAAGGUGGCCAAGUAUGCAAAGGAGAAUGCGUUUUUGCAGGCGGUGCAGUGGUUUGAGACGUAUCUUAAGGAAUGACUCCCUGUGGCCAGACCGGUGCUGUAAAUACUGCUUUAUAUAUGUGCUAAUGGGUGAGGAUGAUAAGCAGUGAAUGUUUCAAAUGCACUUCCAACAAAUGCACUUCCAACUCAAUAAUGUGAUGGUCUCCAUUGAAUCAGAAUAUAGACCGUAGUAGCAAACCUUAUCUUAUCUCCAUCCCAGGGUUAGACGGGUUAGGGUUGGGUACCGUUUAACCCUCAUCGUAGGGCACACCUCACCGACGAACAGGGGAGCUCAAUAUCAACAAACAUCCAUGAAACUGAAUGAUGCUUGUUCCGUAUUGGACGGGAUUUGUGCCCGGUCUUAUGCACGUACUAUAUAUAUUGAGAUUGAUAUCGAAGCCUCAACACAGACAAAAUCACAAUGACUGGCAGGGAUAUCAGGACUCAGGAAAUAUCAAAAAGCGACGUCGCAAUCCGCAUAUCUUUAAU